AUGGGUUUAAGCAUGAAGUCUCAGGUACUAGCAGAGGGAAAAGAAACCGAAGGAAAUAAGAAAUGGGUAGUGGCUGGAAUACUAGUUAGAACUCCAUUGAAAGCAAUUAAUACAAAUAAGAAGAUUGAGGAUGGUGAUGACGAAGAGCAAGGGUGUUCAGCUACAACUCCAACAUCAGUUGAGGCAAGAAUUAAUUCUGAGAGAUUAUUAUGUCCACCAGCUCCAAGAAAGCCAAGACCUUCACUGAAGUUUCACUCUAAUAAUAAGGCUAUGGAUUUCUUUAAUCCUCCAGAGUUGGAAUCUAUUUUUGUAUCCAAUUUUUGA